GCCCAGGCGGGUUGCGGUGCAGCCUUCCCCAGCCGGCCAGCAUCCUCCGUGCAGCGGGUGCGCAGCAGUUCCUGGCGGCCCCGGCUGUGCAGCGAUGGAUUUUCUGCUGUCCGGGGCGGCUGCUUGCGGAGCCUGUCUCUUCACCAACCCCCUGGAGGUGGUCAAGACUCGGAUGCAGCUGCAAGGGGAGCUGCAGAGCGGCGGCUCGUACCGGGUGCAUUACCGCAACGCCUUCCAGGCCACCUACACCAUCUGGAGGGUGGACGGGCUGCUGGCCCUGCAGAAGGGACUCCUGCCCGCCCUCCUCUACCAGUUCUGCAUGAACGGCAUCCGCCUGGGCUCCUACUCCCUCAUCGAGAGCUCCGGCUACACCAGCACCAAGGGCAGGAUCAGUGCGCUCAAGAGCACCGUGUCUGGGGCACUGGCUGGGGUGGCGGGGGCACUGCUGGCUAGCCCUGUCUACCUGGUUAAAACCCACCUUCAGGCACAGUCUGCCUCAGCUAUAGCUGUCGGUCAUCAGUACCAGCAUGAGGGGAUGCUCCACGCACUGAUGACCAUUUACCGCCGGCAUGGCAUCACUGGACUAUGGCGUGGAUCAAGUUCAGCAGUCCCCAGGGUGAUAGUCGGCUCUGCCGCCCAGCUUUCCACCUUCUCCACAACGAAACAGCUCACCAACGACCUGCAGCUCUUUCAGCCAGGCAGCUGGCUGGUAUCACUGACAGCCGGGAUGGUCAGCAGCGUCUUUGUGGUCCUCGCCAUGACGCCCUUUGAUGUAAUCAGCACCCGACUGUACAACCAACCGGUGGAUCAGGAGGGGAAGGGUGUGUUCUAUAGAGGAUUUCUGGAUUGUUUUACGAAAACCAUGAAGAAAGAAGGCCUGCACGGCCUCUACAAGGGCACCGGGGCUUCCUACUUUCGACUAGGCCCCCACACCAUACUCAGCCUCUUCUUCUGGGAGGAGAUAUGCAAGUAUUACAGGAAGUAGAGGUUCGCUGGACAAAGACUCACAUCUGGAGAGCUGUGGCUGGAAUUUGCACUGUCGUACUGCUCAGGGACUAUUCAUCUCUCUCUCUCAAUGUGCCCCAUUUUUCCAACGCUCACUCAAUGUAGUGGGGGAGACAGUGAUGUCGGACAUCACACGCUCUGAUAGACAACAGGAUGGUGAAACACAGAAAGCUGAAUUAAAACCCAGUGAACGCUCCUCGGAACAACAUUGCGGGUCUGAAAAAGAAAAAGGGCCUGUUAAAAAUGUCAUGGGGGGGAGGUGGGAUGGUUUGACAGGAAUGAACGGAUGUGGUUCACUGGGGGUGGUGGAGAGCGAUGUCAAAUGGUUGGCACCAGGUCAGGCUGGUUAGGGUUGGGGAUGGGGAGUCUACAUUCAUGUUUUUUAAUUUAUUUUUCGCACUGUCAACCUAUCUUUGGGACCAGUGAUUUUCAAUCGGUUUAUGAUUUUGCUGAACUAAAUGAGCUGGAACUCAGAUCAAAUAAUGUGGGUUAAGGUUUUGGGGGAGAGUAGUGGUUCUGGGGAAUGGGCUGUGAGGGAGAGUUGUGAUACUUAGUGGUGGUAGGUGGUGGACUUUUGGGAGAGUAAAAUGUAGAAUCAGUUUGGAUGGAGAUAAGAAAUAGUAAAGGAAAGAAGUCACUGGCAGGAACAGUUUAUAGGCCCCCAAACAGCAGCUACACAGUAGGACAGAGUAUGCAUCAAGAAAUAAUGGGGGCUUGUAAGAAAGGUACUGCAAUAAUUGUGGGUAACUAUAACCUUCAUGUCAGCUGGACAAAUCAAAUUGGCAAUGAUGGUCUGGAGGAUGAGUUAAUUGAGUGUAUUGAGACAGCUUCUUAGAACAAUAUGUUCUGGAAUCUACUAGGGAACAGGAUAUUUUGCAUCUUUAAUAUAUAAUAAGAUAGGAUUAAUUAAAUACCUCAUAGUAAAGGAUCAUAAGUGAUCAUAACACGAUGGAGCUUCACAUUCAGAUUGAGAGUGAGAAAUGUGGGUCCAUAACUAGUGUCUUAAACUUAAAUAAAGGCAAUCAUAAGGGUAUGAAGAGAGUUGGCUAAAGUGGAAUGGGUAAACAGGUUAAAAGAGAAGCAGUGGUAGACAUUGAAGGAGAUAUUUCAUAACUCUCAACAGAUAUAUUACAUGGAGGACGAAAGACUCUACCAGAAGGAUGUACCAUCCUUGGCUUAAAAGGGCAUUCAGAUGGUAUCAAAUUGAAAGAAUAGAUGUACAAUGAUGCAAAGGUUAGUGGUAUGCCAGAAGAUUGGAAAAAAGUUCAGAAAUCAGCAAAGGAUAACUGAAAAAAUAACAAAGAUGGAGAAAUUGCAGUACAAGAGAAAAUUAGCAAGAAAUAUAAAAAUGGACAGCAAAAGCUUCUAUAAGUAUUUUAAAAAGGAAAGAGCAGCUAAAGUGAGCAUUGGUCUCUUAAGAGGGUGAGACUGGGGGAAUUCAUAAUGGGAAACAAGGAGAUAGCAGAGACUGCACCCGGAGCACUGUGUAUAGUUAUGAUCACCUUACUUAAGGAGGGACAUACUUGGAGGCAGUUCAGAGAAGGUUCAUUAGACUGAUUCCUGGGCUGAAGGGGUUGGGUCUAUACUCAUUGAAAUUUGGAAGAAUGAGAGAUGAUCUUAUUAAAACCUAAAAGAUUCUGAGGGGUCUUGAUGAGGUAGAUGCUAAGAGGAUGUUUGCUGUCAUGGGGGAAACCUAUAACUAGCGGACACAGUUUCAAAACAAGGGGUUUCCCAUUUAAAAUAGAUGAGGAGGAAUUUCUUCCCUGAAGGUCAUUGCUCUGUGGAAUUCUUUUCCCUAGGGAGCAGUGGAGGCUGGGUCAGUGAAUAUAUUCAAGGCUGAGUUAGAUUUUUGAUCAAGAGAGUCAAGGAUUAUGCUGGGACUGGUGGAGUUAAGGUCACAUCAGAUCAGCUUGAUCUUAUUGAAUGGUGGAGCAGACUUGAGGGGCUUAAGUGGCCUAUUUCUGCUCCUACUUCUUAUGUUUAUGCUGGGGGAUGGGCCUUUGGCAGGAGUUGU